AUGAAGGCAACGGUCAACAGCAGCAGCAGCAGCGCCGCCAGCAGUAGCAACCAGUUGGAGCCACUGGCGGCCAGCAGCAGCAGCAGUGGCAGCAGCACCAAGCCCCGACUGCCCAAGGUCUCAUUCGCACCGCUGGACAUUGCGGCACCAUCGGCCGCCACGUGAUACGCGAAUAUGCCGCACCACAAUAUCGUUUGCGAGUGGCUGCGCACAAUUGGGCUGCCGCAGUAUGGCGAGAGCUUCCUGGAGAAUGGCUACGAUGAGCUGGAGAUAUGCAAGCAAAUUGGCGAAAUCGAUCUGGAUGCCAUUGGCGUGGACAAUCCCACGCACCGCGGCAAGCUACUAAAAAGCGUGCGUGCCCUGCGUGAGAAGGGCGCCGCCAUUGUCUAUGUGCUCAUCAAUGAUCCGAAGGCGCUCAGCAACAGCAACGAGAUACUUGCCUCUGACUGCGAUACGCCCAUUACCAUGAAGGAGCUGGAGGGGGUGAUGAAACGGCAUCUGGAGGCAGAUGGCAUACGCCUCACAGCCCAUCCAUACUCCUCGCCGGAGGGGAAACGCGGCUACUUGGAAGGCCUGGCCGCGCAUUAUAGCAAACAGAUUAAUAUGCCCUAUGAUGAUGUGCUGGAUGCCAUUGAGCAGGUGCGUCUUUCGAAGUGGAAGGAACGACAUGUGCGCAUCUCGACGGGGCAUACGUUAACGCGUCGCAACGCUGGCGCUGGCAGCAGCAGCAGUGGGAGCAGCGGCGGGGGUGGUGGACUGGUUGGCUCAUCGGUGCUGCCCACCAGUCACAGCCAGCCGCUUUAUGUGCCCGGCAAGUAUUUGCCAUCGAGCUGCCUGUCGAAUCGCGAGGAGAACGAGAUCUACAGCUAUACCCAGAACGAUUUGGCCAAUCGCAUGGCCCGCAAUGCCAUCGACUCCAAGUCGGCGCUCAAUCUGAAUGGAAUGCAGCACAGCUAUCCCGGGGCGCGCACCAAUUUCUUUUACGAUUUUUCGGCAACAGAGGGGCGCAACAAGAACAAACAGCGACGCACGGUCUUUGCGCGCUUCCUGCAGGGCCUGCGGCAAAGCGGAGACGAGCUCAAUGCCAACGAGGGUAUGCAACUAAAGACCAACGAGCGCUUGAAAAGCUGCGGCACCAUGAAACGACCCGAACCCCCGCAGGACUUUGAGAAGACCAUACAGCGACUUAAGACGCAAAAAGCUGCGCAAAAGAAACCAGCCAGCGCACCCAUGGACAUUGCCCUGCAUGAACGCAACAAGGAGGUGGCCCACAGUCUGGCCACGGAGAUGCCAUUGAAUAAUUAUACAAAGCAUCCCUAGGAUACGGCCAUCAGCAUCGAUGCUGCAUAAGAUUUACAUAUUUAAGAGGCAUGCAUUCCAUUUAAUACCAUAUGCACUCAAAAUGAAGCUAGUUAGUCGGGUUCGGGUGAUACACACGUUAAGCGAGCAAUACGAAUUUAAACAUAAACAUAGUUUGUAGUGCAGUGUAAAGGUGAUAUUGAACAGUAUAAGAGCUAAUUAAUAUAGUAUGAUAGACAGCACUUACUGCAAACAGUUGAAGCCAUUACGAUAAUUACAAUUCAAUAGAUAUAACAAACCUACGGCCAGUUGAUCUACAGAAAACUUUUUGUUUAACAUAUGCAGCUAAAAGAUUUUGUUCUAUUUAUUUUGGGCGUACACACUUGAGCCAAACUAAAAGCAUCCACAAGUCAAUCAAAACUUCUUCGAACAUGCCAGGGCAAACCAUAUGCCAUACUCGAUAUUCCAACAGCCUUAGACGGCGAAAUAACUAGCGGCAAAUGCAUCAGCAACUUGGCGAGGAAUGUUGACAAAACGCGAAAUUCCAACAAGCUUAACGCUGAAUCAACACGACCAC